AUGUUUAUUUCCAAUCCAACUGCUCGCAACCAGACUGAAGUCACGCGGUACCUUUACUCCGUGACAUGCCUUGGGCCGACGAGAUGGGUGACUGCGAAGAGACUCUCGCCGCGCUUCUAGAAGUUUCCAGAACCACCGAGGGCCGAGCUGCUCUCUCCGGCGCGCUCGCUGACACGAUCUACCUCCUCCCGUCCUCCCCGUCCCACCUCUUGCUGCUCCGCCUCCGCCUCCUCCGCAACCUCCUCGCCGGCGACGUGCACAACCAGUACGCGUUCGUUGACCUCGGCGGCCCCGCCGUCGUCGCCUCCUCCGUGCUCUCCUUCCUGUCCUUCCCCUCGGUCGCCCCCGGUGUGGCCCGUGCAGCGCUGCAGGCGCUCGGCAACGCCGCGCUCGCCGGGGAUUUCCACCGCGCCGCCGUCUGGGACGCGCUCUUACCCGGGCCGCUGCGGGAGUUCGCGGGGGUGAAGGACCCUGGGGUCCUGGACCCCCUGUGCAUGGUGAUCGACACGUGCUGCGCGGGGGAAGGCGGCCGCGAGAGGCUCGUGGAGGUGCUGUGCCGUGAGGAGAUUGGGCUGCCCAUUCUCGUCGAGGUCGUCACAACUGCAUCUCAAGUGGAGCACAAAGAAGAAUGGAUAGAAUGGCUUCUGCUCAAAGUCUGUGUUGAGGCACAACAGUCUGAGUCCUUGUUUAGAGCCUUAUGUUCAACUAAUGAUGAGUGCAGUGACAGUGGCGAAUAUAAUGCUAAGCAUGCAUUUGUUUUUGGUAUGCUGUCAAAGUGUUUGACCAACCAUCCAAAAGAAGUUACUGUCACUGACAGUUUUGCACUUGAUGUUUUUGAUGUACACAAGCAUGCUGCUGAGACCGUGGAUUUUACUCACCGAGGUAGCUCUCCUCUUCCAACUGGAUGCCCUGCAAUCGAUGUCCUUGGAUACUCGCUACAGCUCCUGAGGGACAUAUGUGCUUGGGUAUCUCCAUCAUCAGAUACUCCAGUUCCUGUUGACUCACUAUUGCAGACUGGCCUUGUAAAGCGCCUUUUGAAAUACCUAGGAGACCUUGAGCCCCCAAGUACAAUCAGAAAAUCAAUGGCAAGAGGACAAGGAGAUAACCGACCAGCUCUUGAAAAUGCAAAAGUCUGCCCAUACAUUGGUUACAGGAGAGAUUUAGUUUCCGUCAUUGCUAAUUGCUUGCAUGGAAGGAAGCGGGUGCAGGAUGAGGUUAGGCAGCUAAAUGGGAUUAUGUUACUACUGCAGCAGUGUGUCGUUGAUGAAGAAAACCCAUAUUUGAGGGAGUGGGGCCUGCUAGCUGUGAAAAAUUUGCUUGAAGGAAAUGAGGUAAAUCAAAAGGAGGUAUCUGAACUUGAGAUGCAAGAACCUGUCAUUACUCCAGAGAUUGCUAACAUAGGCCUAAAGGUCGAGAUAGACAACGAAACAGGACGUCCAAAAUUGGUCAAUACUCCCUGAUACCUGAACUCUUACUGGUCAUGGAUCCUAUAGACACUGAAAGGAGCGCAGUUAUAUUGAUGCUGUGCUGGGGAAUACCGAAUGUUACCUUUUAGUUGAGAAGUCUGCGAUGUUGAGGCUGAGAAUUUGUUCCAGCAUAUAGCAAUGUUUUGUGUAUAAGACAAAUGCUAAUAUUUGUCCACGGUAUCCCCCUGUAGAUCAAUUGAUCAUAAUGGAGAAAACAGAUUUUUGCUA